AUGCUUGACUUCAUCUAUACAGUCGUACUGAAUAUAAAAUUUUGUCAAAAUAAGAGGGCCAAUUCGAUCAAGCAUUCAUUCAAAAACAAAUUUAAAUUUUGAAUGUUACCAACCAAUACAUUUUCCGCGUUCUUGCAAAAUCAUAUGAACCAGGACUCAAACUAAUCGAAAAAUCAAAAUCUAAAAUCUUGAGUGGACAGGAUGUUAUUUGAAAGCUAACUCUUUCCUUUAAACUAUAUUGGGCGCUUAUAUAGCUUGAUUUUUGUUUAAAAGGCACUGACUUACAUCUUAUUUUGUUAAAUUUUUAAAUAUUUUAACUUCAGCCACCUUCAAA